AUGCUCAUGACGAUACCGGUACAUGCGUUUCGUUGUGUCGAUCCGGUAAGGUUCGACAUGGGGGACGGGAAGGGGCAAAAGUUGACGUCGGUUGGACGACGUCCUCAUCGCGGCGUCCUGUUUGAGGGCGGAAGCGAGCAACCAUCCGCUCUGAAUGUCGAAUAA